AUGGUAAGUCAAGUUCAAAGUCGCCGUUGUGGCUCACAAAUCUUACAAACCAUCAAUGCGCCGCUCCUAGUGGUGUGGUCCUUGAUCCGCCAGUUUGACUGGCCCCAUGUAUUUAAGAAACUCGUCCAAACUUGCACCCUAGUAUCUGGGGCUGGAGAAGUCGGAUCAGUUCGCCAGGUAUUUUUUGGAUCAGGUUUGCCAGGCAAAACUAGUAUAGAAAGGCUUGAGAGAAUGGACGAGGAGCAACAUAUAAAUGUGUAUCGAGUAAUUGAUGGGGAUCACAAGCUAGUCACAUUUCACGUCACCACCUCACUACACGAGGUGGUAGAGAAUGGGAAUGGAAAUAAAACGACGUUGGUUGUUGAGUCUUAUACAGUGGACGUACCCAAUGAUAGUAACGAGAAGGACACAUGCUUGUUUGCUAAUACUAUAAUUGAGCUUAAUCUCAAGAAUCUGGCUAUUGUUGUGGAGAAAAUGGUUUGUGGUAAAAAAGUGGAUCAAGACUUCAAGAGAGAAAUUCCACUUGACAGCCUUUGGCAAAUGUAG